CAUAAACAUACUGCUCCAUUUCGGUCACAGUCUCUUUGUGCUCGGCCAAGCCGAGGCUGCAUCGCCGGAUGCGGUACCCGUGCACGUGGCCGACACCGCAAGGCACCGCAAGGCACCCACCCGCGCCAAGCCCCGCUGACGUCACCCCACGAUCGCGUGUUGGCGCCUCGCUAAUACCAUACUAGACUGCGCCUUCCCUCGGGCAAACGGCGUCUCCCGCCCUCCCGAGGUCUACCUUCCUGCCUCACGCAACUUCACUCACCCCAAUCCUCACCACCAGCCAUGGCUCGCUCGCGACGCAGCCCGGGCGGCCUCCCGGCCACCACCACCCUCCUCCUCGUCCUCCUCCUCGCCUGCUGCCUCUUUGCGCAGCCCGCCGCGGCCUUUGGCGCCGGCUCCGUGCCGCCCGCCUCCGAAUUCAACGGCUACGUCUGGCGCCACGGCGACAUCUCCGAGGUCCUCAAGUACCUCCCCGCCAGCUUCAUCACCGCCCACCGCUUCACCAAGCUCCAGCGCCGCCAAAUCUACUUUGGCAACUGGUGUCGCGACUUUUCCCAGGUCAUCGACACGACGUGCCUCGAGACGGUGCCGGAGCCGAUCCUGCGGGCCAUUGUGGCCGUCAUGGCCUUCAUGGAGUUUGGCUACGCGACCGACGAGUUCGACGUGACCCGCGAGCGCCUCGGCUGCUACACGCACGUCGAGCACAUUGACAACCCCAAGGGCUACCCGGACAACGCCAAGGACGUCGACCCGCGCCUGCGCGGGCCCCUCGACCCCCGCGAGCUCGAGUUCGACCACCGCACGGGCAUGAAGAACUACAUUGCCAACAGCGGCAGAGGGUGGGACACGUCGGCCGACUACAUACGCAGGCAGCUGCGGCUGAGCAUCGAGCUCGGCCGCAAGGGCCGCAGCGGCAAGCACUCGGACGCCGCAAAGGAGAGCCUGUUCCACCUGGGCGCGGCCCUGCACACGCUCGAGGACUUUGCCGCGCACAGCAACUUUGUGGAGCUGUGCCUGCGCGAGCUGGGCGAGGACAACGUCUUCCCCAUGGUGGGCGACCAGUGCACGGUCAAGGUGCCCGGCUGGAAGGGCAAGCAGGUGCCGCCGCUGGUGACGGGCACGUUUGGCAUGCUCGACAUUUUCCACAGCUUCCUCGGGGAGGCCGACGACAUGGCGGUGCUGCAGAGCAAGGGCAGCCUGGGGGAGUUGGAGGAGAAAUUCCAAUUCGGCGGCAUGGCCUUUGAGCAGCUCUUUGACCUCGUCAAGGGGGCCCUCGAGGCCCUCAGCAAGGUCACGGCCGGCAGCGAGCCCCUGCUGCAGCAGCUCGACGCGCUGCGGUCCAUCUUCCAAAAGGCCGAGCAGGACGAGGCGGGCAGCGUGCACAGCGUCGACGAGGACGACUCGUCGCCCGUGCAGAUUGCCAACGCCAACGCGCUCUGGUCCGCCAUCGAGCCCAUCUUCUACCCGCACGACCGCAUAAAAAAGUGGCUGCAGGAGGGCGACGAGGAGGAGACGGAGGAGCAGGCCGGCGACCAGGCGACCAACGAGCUCGGCGACUACACGACCCAGAUCGUGUGGCGGUUCCUGGCCAUGAUGAUCGAGUCGUCGGUCAAGGAGCUGCGCAACGCCGUCCGGGCGGCCAAGGAGAAGGUCGACCAGGAGGCCGCCAAGUCGCACUCGGCCGAGAUCUACCGCGCAGGGUCCGACGCCUCCGACCCCAGCCACUCGGACCUGUCCAAGGACCACUUUAGCAACGUGCUCAACCAGCCCGCGGGCCUCGUCUCGACCAUCACGACCAACUGGGCCACGCAGCAGGUCGUCAGGUGCUGGGACAACCCAAAGCUCAGCGCCGACAGGACCAUCGACGAGAUCCUCAAGAUCCUCCACCACCCGGCCUUCUACAGCAGGCGCGCGCCCAUCCAGCAGUACAUGUUCGACACGGUGCGCGGCUGGUGGGAGCACCACUCGGAGGAGAACAGGGACAAGAUCCGCGGGAUGCUGACCCGCGAGAGCGUCCAGGCCCGCGAGCACGAGGACCAGCACCUCACCCUCAAGGACCUGCAGGGCACCCUGCGGGGCGCCGCCGAGUUCCCCGGGUCCCGGCCCGAUGUGAAGGCGCCGCCCAAGAAGCCGUCGGUGAUUGUCAAGGGGGUCAACGAGGUGAUUGCCGACGUGCAGUGGGUCGCCGGCACCGCGCACGAGAACACGAGCUACCUGGCCCGCGGGGUCUGGGACAUCAUCUCGCUGCCCGGGGGUUUGGUCGUGACGGUAUUCCGGGCGACCAAGAGGACGGCCGGGUGGGUGGCCAGCGGCGUGUAUGGUGUCGGGGCGAAGCUCUGGCCGUUUGGGAAGUGAUUGGGCGGACAGAGGAAUAAGCUGCAUUCAAGGCGUCUGGUAAUUGUAGGUUUGGCAUAAUAGAUUCAUCAGCAGAAGAAAUAUCAAAAAGUGGGUAUAUCCGACA